AUGGCUCCGAGACCAAUCAGGUUCCGCUUCCUGGUUGAUAAGUUGCCCAAGGCUGGCCUCAUUCCCCAUGACCUUUCGAAGAGGGUUGCGGUCACAUCUCCCCAGAUGGACCAAUGGAUCAGUCGAAACUUCAAGUUCAACCACGAAAUUCCCUAUAAGGAGAUAGCCCAGCGUCUCAUCCAACCUCAAACCCAUGCCCGAAGGCAUGAAGCCUGGCAAACUGCGGACGAUUUCCUGAUGGAGGUGCAAGGCUGCAACAAAUGGUCAGCGACGCUCCCCUUUCCGAUCUUCAAGCAGCUCUUCUGUCGUCUCCUCGGAGCGCAGCAGCGCUGGAACAACAACAAGCGCGAGCCCUACAACCGCGACGAGCACUCGUGGCUCGCGUUUGUCGUUCGCCUGUUCCGCCAGCAUGCCGACACUUACCCCGAGAACGACGACACCGACCAGGACCUGGAGUCCUACUUUCUCAACGACAUCGAGUGGCUGACCGACCGUCACGUCCCCACGAUCACGGCCGAGUGA